AUCUUUCUCAACCCGGAACUAAUCUUUGGCUUUCGGAAUUAUUUCAAAGACGGACCAGCAAACAGGGGCCUGUUUUGAAGCUGAAAAUUUCUUCGAACUAAUCCUCUAAAAUUAAGUUAAAUAUUUGUUUCUUUAUUACUUUGACCGCAGUAUGGUAUCCCGCAGACAAGCUCGCGUCUGGAAAUACGUGGAUGAAGGCAGUUUUCUAAAGCUAAAGUCGUACCUGCGAAAGCACCGGGACCUGGACUUGAACUUCUCCCAGGGAAAGAGACAGAGGAGCCCGCUGCACCUGGCCUGUUCCCUGGGAGACGAUGCCGUGCUUCGGCUGCUGCUCCAACACGGAGCCGAUGUUCUCCAGAAGGACCGCAGGGGAGACACCGCACUGCACACGGCGGCUAACAGGGCUCUCAAGCUCGGCAAAAGAGCUUAUGAUGACCUGGUCGUGCCUCUCAGAAAAGCGUGUCCGGAAGCUUUGAAUGCUACGAACAGGACCGGGGUCACACCGCUGGACCUGUUGAGCUGGAUGAAGCAGUCAGAGGGAGCAGAAACGACUGGCCGUCCUCCUCAAGCCGACCCUGAGAAGGAGUGGUUGGAGAAGCUCUUUGGUGAAUGUGAAGACGAGUUUUGUGAAAACUUUGGAGUUUAUGAUGCUGAUGAUUUUCUUCCUGUCGAUGAUGAUGAUGAGGACUUUGGGGAUUGGGCUGAUCGUAUAAGGAGAGAGUAUUUUUCUAAGAAGCACGCUGAAGCUCAGAAACUGGCAGCGACGUCUUCUACGUGGAAAACUCGGAACGGCGCGCAAAGAAGGGAACAGAAAGAGGAAAGUCACAAAGACCUGCACGAGAGGCUGAAAAGAGAACACGAGGAGUAUCUGGCUCGAGCAGCCCAGAAGGAAGAGCAGACGCGGCAAGGAAAGAAGCGUUGUUACGAGGAGAGAUGCGCCGCCACUUUCAGUGACCCAUCCUCAUCGAGCAGCACCAAGCUGAGCUACAGCGACAUCCCUUGGCCUGCUCCUAAAGGCACAGUGCAGGAGAUGGUGGACGUGAUGUUACACGGCGUGGACAGAAAGAAUGUGGAGGUGUUUCGCAAAGCGCUCCGGAAGCAGCAAACCCUCUGGCAUCCAGAUAAAUUUGUCCAACGGUGUGAGGCCCGACUGGAGGAGAAGGACAGGAAGCUGAUCCUGGAUACGGUCACGGCUCUGUCUCAGGAGCUCAACCGAUUGGCUCAGAGUUUGAAGUCUUAAGAAAUUCAAAAGUAAUAAGUUGUGCCACAGAAUCCACAAUGUUUUUUUGGAGGGAUAUUGUAUUUCAGAUGUUGAUAAAACUGAUUAUUGUGUGCAGGACACACCCGUGUGAUUUAUUUAAAUUAUUCAUUUAAAUUAAAAAAAUCUCAAAUGUGG